UUUGGUCUUUCUCUGGUUACUUGGGUUGCCCCAGCUAGCUGGAUGAGGCUGUAGAGGAAGUGGAGUUUGGCUUACGUUGGAGGGAAAGUGGGCAGAGCCGUUGAAGGAUAUGAUCGCAGGGAGAGGCGGAGAGGAGGGCAGACACAGCAGAGGAACGAGGCGCGAAGGAUGGUCAAGAUGAAGGCGACGGCGCGGCUAAAAGACCGACUAAAACGACACAAAUUGUCCCUUAAUGCGACAGUGAUUACGGCAGACGACGGGGGGUAGCCACGGGCGAUGAAAUGGUGAUUCCCUUUGAUGUUUCGCAGAGGGCAUCAAAAAAGAUUGUUUCGAGGAUUCAGAAUGGUUAGCCGCCAUGAAUUGAAAAACUUGAAGUAUUCAUUCUGCAAUGGAAAUCUAUACACAGGAGACUUGUGAAAAGAUGUUCCUAUUCUGAAGAGUAAGAAGACAACUCUACCCCAAUCAACUGGAUAUUGCUGCAGUGGAGACAGCGUUGUUUAACGCGAAGAUGGCAAGUGAUUUGGCAGUUAGCCAAAUAUUGACAAGAUGAAACCCUAUUUCUAACUGGACUUUGCCAAUGGAUUUUAUUUUUUAUAUAUUUCUUUUAAUACCACAACAUGAACAUUGGAUCGUCGAUACUGGCUGAGAAAAUCAGCCUUUGUACAUUUAAAUUUCAAAUGUUGUUUUAAAUAAAGUGUGUCCUUGUAUGUACAUACAUCACUGGCCUUGUUUCAUUAGCUGAACACCUGGAAAAUGAGAAGUUUACACUCGGAAGCAGAUUGAGGUGUUGUUUUAGUAAGGUGGCUUUAAGGUGGCUCGCUUUUCUUUUGUGUUUAAUAAUGGUGGGUUUAUCGUCUGUCUUUCCAAAGCUAUGGUGUUUAAUGAAUGAAUAACUUUGAAUGAUGCAGUUUAUUUUCAAAGGUUACCCAUUAAUUAAAAAACGGGUAUAAUCAAUCAAAACGCUUUGUUCUGAACUCAAAUGGUUUCCAAGGCACAGCCUGAAAGACAUUAUAAAAAUGGCUACUACUUGUCCUUCUUCCUGCUUGAGCAGGAAGUGAUGUAAUUGCUGCAAAAUAUAUCGUUUUUACAGUCUAACUAUGAUAACCGUUUGGUAAUUGUGAAAAAAUGUUUCAUUUUUGGACUUGUUUAGUAGGGUAUAAAUGAUAUGCUAGUUUAUAUAAAGUAAAAUUUAAACAUUAAAAGGGGUGGGACUUGGACAUCACCUGAGUGUGGGGUAAAUGGAAAUAACGUCAAUCAAAGGCAAAGCUUUCAGAGCAGGGAAGGAGCUCUAGAUGGCGGCUGAGCCUUGGGAAGGCUGCCCUAGGUUUUGUCGGACCGAUUCUCUUGCUCGUCUUCGAUCGAUGCUGCUUUUUUCCGUGUAAAACUGUAGUCUAUGUUCACGCGGUCGCUUUUUAGUGAGAUUUUGUCCGUUUCGUGGCUUUUUUGUGCUGUUUUUUGAGAGCUGGAGAAGCCGUCUGUGUUGGCCGUGUGCUUGUCGUUGUUUUCCCAUACUGGGCUCCGGCAGCCAUGGCGCGCCUCCAUUUUUAGUGUGCUGCUGCUCUUUGCCUCUGUCGCUCUGGCAGGCACUGCAGACUUUAAAGGCCUGAAAGCUUUUCGAAACAGACUCGUUUUUGUUAUUUAUAAAGUAAUCAUUUUUACCGUUUAUUUUUUAUCCAAGUCGGAUAAAUAUUUAAACUGCGACAAGGCGAAAAAAAGAGAAACGAAUUGAUGUCUUGUUGGUUAGCACAUUUCCUCACGUUGAUUUGAUUUGUUUACAUUUUGAAAGAAAUAAUUUACCGAUUUUCUCAUCUGUAAAUAUUCUUUUUUUUAUUGCUUCAUGCGAUGACGCAGUUAAAAUUCACGGCAUGCGGCUGGAUCUGUGAACUAUUUUGAAGGAUAUGCGCUUCAGAUUUGACUUGUAACAUCACCUACCAUUAUUGUUAGCUUUAACUGAAAUUCGCAAUGUAAGUUAUAAUUUUCAAAUCCAUCGAUUUAUUAUUUUUCCCAAUCGUGUCGCACCGUCUGGGUUUUAUCAGCCACCUGAGAAAAGGACUUGAAUGGUAGUUCAUGCUUCCUUCAACUUUUUGACAGUAAAUACCAGGACAAAUCAUCACCUCAUCGAGCUUUCAGGACACUACCAUGAUGAAGAAUAAAAAUAAAAAACAAGAGGACGAAGGAUCGACUCAGAGCAACGCUUCAAGCAAUUCAGCUUCAGAGGAGUCCAACCGUUCUGCCUCAGAGUCGGGAAGUCAGUCAGAAAGCGAGCAAGGCAAAGUGAGGCGGAGAUCGCACAACUCCGAGUCAAACAGCUCGUCUGAGUCGGAGAGUCGGUCCGAGUCCGAGAGUGAGUCUGCAGAGUCCAAAUUGCUGCAAGCCACUUCAGAGACUAAAGACAAGCCAGUCAGGAAGAAGGAGCGCCUGGCUGAUGUGAAGAAGAUGUGGGAAGAACACCCAGAUGUGUACGGCGUCAGGAGGUCGAAUCGCAGCAGACAGGAGCCGGCUCGUCUCAACAUCGGAGCUGAGGGCAGCAGCGAUUCUGAAAGCGAGAGCCCUAGAAGAAAAUCUUCCAGAGCAAAGAAAAAGGAAAAUAUCUGGAAAGAUGAUGACUCAAUUGAUGAAGAGGAGGAGGAGGAGACAUCCGACAGUUCAGACAGUGAGCAGGAAGAGAAAAAAGUUAGAUCCAGACGACUUCCUGCUAGAAGACCUCAGGCCAAAUCAUCAAAAAAGCAGCAGUCUGUAAAAGGACGGAAGUUGCGAAAACAGGAAUCAUCAGCUGAAGAUGAUGAUGAUGAUGACGACGACGACGAAGAUGACGACGACGAUGAUGAAGACACUCCAAAGAGACAGACUCGAAGAAGAGGGGCCACAAAAAUUAAAAGCUAUAAAGAAGAUCAACAUGACUUUGAAACGGACUCAGAUGACCUGAUUGAAAUGACUGGAGAUGCUGGUGAGGAGCAGCAGGACGACGACAGCGAGACCAUCGAAAAGGUUCUCGAUUGCAGGACUGGCAGCAAAGGAGCCAACGGAGCUUCCACCACUGUGUACGCCAUGGAGGAAAACGGGACCCCCUGUGAAGGCUUUGAUCCUGAGAAGGAUGAAGGAGAGACUCAGUAUCUGAUCAAGUGGAAGGGCUGGUCAUACAUCCACAACACAUGGGAGAGCAUCGACUCUCUAACGCAGCAGAAGGUCAAGGGGCUGAAGAAACUAGACAACUUUAAGAAGAAAAAUGACGAGUUGAAUGCUUGGUUAAGCAAAGCGUCUCCUGAGGAUGUGGAGUUUUAUAACUGCCAGCAGGAGCUCACAGCUGACCUGACAAAGCAGUUUCAAAUUGUAGAGCGAGUCAUCGCAACAAAAUCAGGAAAGACACCGGGAUCCUCUGAUUUUCCCUCCCACAGUCAUAAGACCCCAUCCUCGAAUGAACCAGAGUAUCUAUGCAAGUGGAUGGGUCUGCCGUACUCUGAGUGUAGCUGGGAGGACGGUGCCUUGGUCAGGAAGAAGUUUCAGCACUGCAUCGACGGCUUCAUGAGCCGAAACUCCAGUAAAAGCAUCCCCUCUAAGGACUGCAAGGUAUUAAAGCAAAGGCCAAGGUUCGUCGCCUUAAAGAAACAGCCUCCAUAUAUCGGUGACGAGAACCUCCAGCUCAGAGAUUACCAGCUGGAUGGGUUGAACUGGCUCGCUCACUCCUGGUGCAGGUGCAACAGUGUAAUCCUGGCUGAUGAGAUGGGCCUGGGGAAGACCAUCCAGACCAUCUCCUUCCUUUCGUACUUGUUCCACCAGCAUCAGCUCUAUGGGCCCUUUUUAGUAGUGGUGCCUCUGUCCACGCUGACCUCUUGGCAGAGAGAGUUUGACACCUGGGCUCCGGACAUGAACGUGGUCGUCUACUUGGGCGACGUCAUGAGCAGGAAAACGAUCCGUGACUACGAGUGGGUGAACCAUCAAACCAAAAGAAUCCGUUUUAAUGCUCUGUUAACCACUUACGAGAUUCUGCUUAAAGACAAGGGCGUCCUCGGGAAUAUCAACUGGGCCUUUUUGGGCGUGGAUGAAGCUCACAGGCUGAAAAACGAUGACUCUCUCCUCUACAAAUCUUUAAUGGAGUUCAGAUCUAACCACAGGCUCCUCAUCACCGGCACUCCGCUGCAGAACUCCCUCAAAGAGCUCUGGUCUCUUCUCCACUUCCUCAUGCCCGACAAGUUUGAUUCCUGGGAGGAUUUUGAGGAUGAACACGGAAAAGGAAGGGACAAUGGUUACCAGAGUCUUCACAAAGUCCUCGAGCCAUUCCUGCUCCGAAGAGUCAAGAAAGAUGUGGAGAAGUCUCUCCCUGCCAAGGUGGAGCAAAUCCUUCGUGUUGACAUGUCUGCACAGCAGAAACAGUUCUAUAAGUGGAUUUUAACAAGAAAUUACAAAGCCCUUUCCAAAGGCACCCGCGGCAGCUCCAGUGGCUUCCUAAACAUCGUGAUGGAGCUUAAAAAGUGCUGCAACCAUAGUUUCCUUAUCAAGCAGCCUGAGGAGGGAGAGGGUGAAACGCAGCUGGAAAGCCUGCAGGCUUUAGUGAGGGGCAGUGGGAAGCUGGUCCUCCUGGACAAGCUGCUGACCCGGCUCCGCGAAAGAGGCAACAGAGUCCUGAUCUUCUCCCAGAUGGUCAGGAUGUUGGACAUAUUGGCCGAAUAUCUCACAAAGAAGCGGUACCCUUUUCAGCGCCUGGACGGUUCCAUAAAGGGAGAAAUCCGAAAGCAAGCACUCGACCACUUUAAUGCAGAAGGCUCAGAGGACUUCUGCUUCCUGUUAUCCACCAGAGCUGGAGGUCUAGGUAUUAAUUUGGCCUCGGCAGACACUGUCGUCAUAUUCGACUCAGAUUGGAACCCUCAGAACGACCUGCAGGCCCAGGCCAGAGCCCACAGGAUCGGACAGAAGAAGCAGGUGAAUAUAUAUCGGCUCGUCACUAAAGGAACCGUGGAGGAGGACAUCAUCGAGAGGGCAAAGAAGAAGAUGGUUUUGGACCAUCUGGUCAUCCAGAGAAUGGACACCACAGGUCGAACGGUUCUGGACAACAACUCAGGAAAUUCAAAUUCGAACCCUUUCAAUAAAGAAGAACUGACAGCUAUUCUCAAAUUUGGCGCUGAAGAUCUAUUCAAAGAGGCAGAGGGAGAGGAGUCCGAACCGCAGGAGAUGGAUAUCGAUGAGAUCUUGAGGCUGGCAGAAACGAGAGAAACCGAUCAAGGUUCCAGCGCUACAGAUGAGCUUCUAUCACAGUUUAAGGUCGCCAACUUCUCCAGCAUGGAAGAGACCACUCAGGAGUUUGAGGAGAAGCCCAUGCGGGAAUGGGACGACAUCAUUCCUGAGGAGCAGCGGCGUAAAAUUGAGGAGGAGGAAAAGCAGCGGGAGAUGGAAGACAUCUUCAUGCUGCCCAGAAGCAGGAGCUCCAACAAGAGGGCUCAGGCCAAUGACAGCGACAGCGAUGUGGGCUCGAAGCUGAAGCAGCGUUCCUCUGGCUCAGACAGUGAGACAGACGAUAGCGACGACGACAAGAAGCCAAAGAAAAGAGGCAGACCCCGAGCUCGCAAAAACAAUGUGGAGGGUUUUACCGAUGCAGAAAUCCGCAGGUUCAUUAAGGCAUACAAGAAGUUUGGAUCCCCUCUGGAAAGGUUGGAAGCAAUCGCCCGAGACUCGGAGCUGGUGGACAAAUCCAUCGCAGACCUGAAGAGGCUAGGCGAACUGAUUCACUCCAGCUGUGUGACAGCGGUGCAGGAGCAUGAGGAACAGCUCAAAGACAACCCCGUUGAAGCCAAAGGUCCUGGGAAACGCAGAGGAAUCAACAUUAAGAUUUCAGGAGUUCAGGUCAACGCCAAGUCAAUCAUCCAGCAUGAGGAGGAGUUUGAGCCACUUCACAAAGCCGUCCCCUCCAACCCUGCCGAGAGGGACAAGUUCAAGCUUACAUGCAGGGUGAAAGUUGCACACUUUGAUGUGGAGUGGGAUCUGCAGGAUGACACUCAGCUCCUACUUGGCAUCUACGAGCAUGGCUUUGGCAACUGGGAUCAAUUAAAAACAGAUCCUGACCUCCAACUGGCUGAGAAGAUUCUUCCAGACGACCCAAACAAGAAGCCACAGGGCAAGCAGUUGCAGGCGAGAGCGGAGUAUCUGCUCAAGCUGCUUAAAAAAGAGCAAGACAACGCAUUUCUGUCUAAAACCGGAGAUGAGGUUAAAGUGAAGAAGAGGAAGCCCCGAGCGAAGAAGGAAACCAAGGUUCUCAAAGAUGAACAGGGCAACGAGAUCUCAUCCCCCCGGCUGUCUGACAACCCAUCAGAAGAAGGAGAGGUUAAGGAAGAGGGAGCGGAGAAGUCACCUGUGAAGAAGAGACAAAAGAAAAAGGAUAACAAGGAGAACAAAGAAAAACAGGGAACACCUAAAAAAGAGAAAGACGGAGACAAGGAGAAGAAGCCUGCCAAGCCCAGAAAGGACAAGGCUAAAGGAGCCAAAGGAAAGAAGACUCAAGGUCCAGUUCACAUCACAGCCGGUUCUGAGCCCGUUCCCAUCGAAGGAAAGGAAGAUGACGAGCUCGACCAGGAAACCUUCAGCAUUUGUAAGGAGCGCAUGAGGCCGGUAAAAAAGGCCCUGAAGCAGCUGGACAAACCCGAUGAAGGUCUGUCCGACCAGGAGCAGCUCCAGCAUACACGCACAUGCCUGCUGAAAAUCGGAGACCGAAUCACAGAGUGCCUUAAAGCAUACAGCGACGGCGACCAUGUUAAGAUAUGGCGCAGGAAUCUCUGGAUUUUUGUGUCAAAGUUCACAGAGUUUAGUGCCAGGAAGCUCCACAAACUUUACAAAAUGGCUCAGAAGAAACGAUCGCAUGAUGAAGAGAAGGAGCACAAGAAGAAAGAGGACCCCUCAGGGAGGAUAAAAUCCUUCAGACCAGAACCUUCAGGUUCUAGUAGAGACUCCACAGGUGCUCCGUCCUCCAAACCUGCUCUCCCGAGUCAGUCAGGACCCCAUGGACACCACAGGGAACCGUAUAAUGCUGCUAACAAACGACAGUUUAGCAACAGUGAUCGAGGAGACUGGCCGAGGGACCGCAAAUAUGGCUACCAAGGAAACAGCAGCCAGCCUUGGCAGGGAGACCGCCACCAUCCCUACGACCCUCAUCGCUAUAAGGAUCACUACGGAGAUCGACGUCUGCACGGAGACACGUAUCGAAGCUCAGGAAGUUACCGCAACAACACCUCUCCUCGGAAAAGGCCGUAUGAGCAGUACGGCAAUGACAGGGACCACAGAGGACAUCGGCCCUAUUAUGACAGGCAUCCAGACCCCAAACGAAGACGUCCUGACGAGUUCCAUCCCAGCUACCACCAGGGAAGGGACGGCCCUUCUCAGGAUUUCAGGAGGAUGCCGGACCACAGACCACAAGGUCCGCCUGGGACGGAACAUUACAACCGACCAUUCCACCCUGACAAACCACCUCCACUGCUGGACCCCCGCUCCCCGCAGGCUCAGAAGUCUCCCCAGGACUCCCGCUCUCCGCUGGAGCGGCACAUGGAUCCCGGCGUCAUGGCGGACCCAAACUGGAACAGCAGGAAAACAUAAAGCCUGAGGACCUGUAAAGAACCUUUGUUCCAGGGUCGAAGCCACGUGCUGCUGCUGGUGGACAUGUUCAAGGUCUCGGUUUAUAAGCUGACUGUUAAAAAGGGAAUCAACAUGUACUGUCAUUACCAGCGAACUUUCUCCCGGUGUCUGUGAUUGUAAGAUGGAAAGAAACAAACUAAACUGUUUGUCUUUAUUUAAAUGAACUGCCUCCUCAGUCGAUCAUGAUGAGACUGAGGGAAAUGACUAUGGAAGCUUAGUCCCAGGGACUACUACAAGGAAAAUGUGGAUUCAUGAACUAAUGAAUGAUCUCAAUCCUAAAAGUGCCUGAAAGUGUCGGCCAUCCGAAGGGUAAACGUAUGGGAAUAUUCCCAGAGCAACCAUGGACACAACUCCCCCCCCUGUUUAGCUUUAAGUAUUGCAAAAAGAUGUAAUCAGAAAUUGAAUGUGCUAAUCAUUUGCACCUUGGAAACAUGUUGAUCAUGUAGCUGAAGAGAAUCAUGGAGUUUUCACCGUGCAGAUGGAGAGGAUUUCAUCUGAGGUUGCUGGAAAUUUGAUCAAACAAGCCAGCGUCACUCGAGAACAUUUGAAAUGUUUUUUUUUUAUAAAUUUCACAUUUCUCAUGUGAACAAUUAUGUACUAUUUCUGUAAUUAUGUAUCUAUUCAAGUCACUGCAACCCCUCUGCUCUGUUCACUUUAACUACUUUCCUCGCCAACAUUGAAGCUAUCAAAGCAGUAUUUAUUAUGACUUUUUCAGAGGUUCUUAACACUAUAAAUCCAAACAAUCCUUUAUUACGCCUUGCAGUAUUGUGAUGGUUUAGAAAUGGUACUUUGCUUCUUUACGUAAUUGAAACAAGAAACCCUUUCUUUCCUUAUCAGGCGUCAUGUUUCUACUCUUAGAUGGUUUUGCACUGCCAUUGUCAUGAAAUUAGUUACUGCUCCUGUGCCAAAUCUGCUUCCCUCCCACCUUUAUUCUGGUCUCUUUAAGCUUCUUUAAGUCAUAUUUCUGUUUGUAGGAUCAGGCUGCAGAUUGGUUCAUGAACAGUGAGGAAGAAUAUUGCUGCGCUUGGCUGAAUUAUAAAUUGAUUUAAAAACUCGAGAUGGUAUAACAUAUUCUGGUAAUUCAUGUAGAUUUCCACUAGAACUGAUGAUUUUAGAGGGAACUUGUAGAAACCGUAAUAUAAAAUGUUUUUCUUUUUUUGGGGGGGGGGGGCACUUACAGUCAACUUGUUACAGUGAACCGCCAGCUCUUGUUUCUCUUCUACUCCUAACAAACUACAGUUCCUGUAUUAUAUGUUCUGUAAGAAAGUUUAAAUAAUUUAUAUUUGUGACAAAACCACUCAUGAAAAAUGUGUUGUACAUAUGUUCUGGCAUAUGUAAUAAACUUUGUUACACAACAAAA